AUGACUUGGCCGCUAAUCGACUUGCGUACCACACCGCACGGGGGACGUUCUCUCUUUGCUUUCCAGCCCAUUGCCCAGGGGACCAAGAUCUUUGCAUGUGAAGUUCCUUUUGCGCAUGUGAUUUACAAAGAUUAUCGCAGGGAGGUCUGUGCUCAGUGUUUCGCUUAUGCAGCAAGUACUUCCCGAAGUAUCGGCGAUUCACGGACUUGGAGUAUCAGAAGCUGCAGGGCAACUGCAGAGACUGUUUGGUUCUGUACAGAUGAAUGCAAGGUCACAUGGGAAAGUGGGGCGAUAGGUCCCUUGAUUGCAGAUGUCAAUGCUCUUCUUGGUAAAGCAAAGAUAGCUACUCGGAGGAAUUCAGCCAGGGACGGCUACGAUCCGAUAUUGCCAAAUGGUCCCACUGCACAAAUCACGCAAGACUACAUUGACAAAGCAUGGACGGAUGUCGAGGAUUUGGCUUCCUCUCGUACUCGUCUUUCUGCGUACUGCUUGACGAUGAAUUUAGAAGAUAUGGAACUCGAAAUAUCACGCUCGGUUGCGUCAGCCAUUGUGCAGCGAUAUGUAUUCGAUCACCGUCUCGCCAGUCCCGUAGUUUCUUCGAUAAUAUCCGCCUUGGAUCCAUGGACAGAGGCUCUUGAUCUCCAGAGCAGCGAGCUCUCGAAUGUCAGCGUGCGGCCUUACAUUCUCGCGGCGCAUCUACGCGUAUAUGCUUUUCUGUGCCAUUCGCUUCCGAAGCAUCUCAGAUUGUACGUUCCUACGGCCCGACAUAUCCUUGCGCGCGAUACCGGGAAUGCUUUCGGCAUUUGGGAUGGAGAUAGCAGAGAUGAAAUGCUCGGAUGGGGCCUUUGGGCGGGCGCGAGUUAUUUUAACCACAGUUGUUGCCCAAAUGUCAAGAAGACGCGUGUCGGACGUGCUAUGCACUUCACCACCUCUCGCUCAGUCGAAAUUGACGAGGAGCUCUGCAUUAGCUAUAUCGAUACCGAUCAAACCAUUACGCAGCGUAGACGGGAUCUAGAAGAUAGUUGGUUCUUCAAAUGCCGGUGCCAGCGUUGCCAAUCAGAAGAACUUGGUGAAGCAUCUCCGCAUUGA